AUGUCCUCAUUGACAGAGUAUCAAAAGGCUCUAAAACGAUUUGAGGUUGCUAGUGAUUAUGAUACCUCUAACAUUAUUGCAGCAAGAGCAAAGGUUACACAAUUGGAAGUGGAACUCUGGAAUAUCGGUCAGUGGGCCACCAUUCUGAUUGAUACAGGUUUUAUGUUCCUGCAAGCUCAACUCAAGCGUUCAGACAAUCUGAUAACAAUCCCUAUGUUUGAAAAACUCAAGCUGAUUGACUUCAACAAGUCAACUGAAUGGUGGCUGACUGUUCUGUGUUGGCUUUCCAUCUUCAUGGACUUUGCUAAGGAUUCUUAUAAAUACCUCGCCUUUCCCCCUGCUGCAUGGAACAUCAAAUCGAUUUUGGACAUCAAAGAACAUAGCAGUCCAGACAUUCAAUUCCUUUAUGGUUUCCUGGGACCUGAGUUCCAUACAAUCAUUGACAAUGCAUACAAGACCCAUCUUGCCACACCAUUCUUCGCAUUUGCAAAUCCUAGCAAGACAAUCAUUGAUGCAUAUAUCCUUGACGAAGCCCAUAAGGAGUAUCCAUAUAUUUCCAAGCUCAGAUCUCCUCUCCCUCUUGCCUGCGAAACAUUUAUCAAAGAUAUUGGAACAAGUCUCCAUGAAAACGAAAAUGCCAUUCUUGAGUUUCUUACCUUGUUUGAGCUGACCAUUGCCAUAUUUAACCUGGAUAAGGUUGCUGGCUUGACAAAUGACUACAUUGAGGAAAUUUCCAGCUGCAUAGACAUCCUUUUGCAUUCCUACAGCUCCUGGGCCUCUCAAAGUCAAAGCUCCACAAACCAGCACAAUUUUGGCAUUGCUGUUGGGGCCAUUCAGCUCAAUAGAGAGCUUGACAAUGUCUACAAGAGCUUCCUUGAAAAUGAACAGGAUUAUCUCAGCAGCACUGUCAACUUGCAACUUAAGGACCUUCUUCAUUCCCUUGCCAAGGAAUGUGUCCACCAGGCCUUUUUCUAUGAACAAAAUGAGGAGUAUGCCCCUUUCGAACCUCUUGAUGGAUGUGAUGGUGUUCUAAAGACCUAUGAUAACCUUAAGGACAAGUCAAUGAAGAAGGAAGCCAAGAGAGCUGAGGCAAGAGCCCAAGCAGUUGUUAACAAAAAGGCUUCCAAAAGAGAUGUGGACAAAAGGGCUAAGAAGUGUUUUGCUGCUGGAAGUACCUCAUCCAACACACCUGCUGAAGAUGCUGCCAUCCGUCUCCAUGAUAAUGAUGCUCUUGAUCCCAUUCCACCACCUUCUAAUCAACUUGCAAAUGCCCACAAUGAAAAUGAUGGGGUGGAUGAAGAAGAUGAUGAUGAUGAUGAUAAUGAUGAGGAGGAGGAGGAGGGACCUGCCCUGCCUAUUCCUGUGAAGACUAUUUCUGCCAAGAGCCUGAGUCUAGAACCCUCUCCAUCUGGAACCCCUGCUUACUGCUUGUUGUGGAAUAUUAGUCUUGAAUUCUAUUACUGGUGGAUAGUUUUAAUAUCCACCUGUGCAGGGAUUGAUCAUAUAUCAGAAAAAUUGCCACUGAUGCAAAAUUUAGCAUAUAUGUAG